AUGGCCCCCAAAUCGACAUCAGAAGGCGCGAAUACAACGGCCGAGGCUACAAAGAAGAAGCACGGCUUCAGAGUUGGACCUGAAAACCUGCCAGACGGGCCAUGGCGUCGCAAAGUUGAUAAGAAGAAGCGUGAAUUGAUCCACAACGCAAAGAUCAAGAAACAGUACGCGAAGAUCAAGCAGCAGGAGCUAAAGGCGGCAGAGCCCAAGCCUCAGCCCAGUCACAGCAACGAUGAGAAUGCCCAGCACGAUGGCGAGGAUGAAGCACGAUCAGCUCAAGGAGAUGACGCCAAGGGUGAAGUCGCGGAGGAAGGCGAACAGAUCCAUCCCACAAGACAGCUCAUGCUGAAGGACGAGAGCAUGGCACAAGCCGGCGCCGAGGCAGACAAGACGACUGGUCCUAGCGAUGGCCAGCGACGCAGGACUCGGCGUCCCGGCUACUACGACAAGCAGCUGAAGAAGGCGGCAGAGCGUCGCGAGGAGGCUGAGAAGAGGAGGAAAGAGUGGGAGCGGCGGAUGGAGGAGCGCGCGCAGAAGCAGGCUGAGCGGGAGAGGUACAAGAAGGCCAUGGCCAAGACGAGGGACAAGGACGGCAAGAAGAAGCUGGGCAGGGAGAGCUCGCUGUUGCUGGAGAAGGUGAAGAAGCUUGUUGGUCAGAAGUGA